AUUCAGAAGAAACGAAGCAAGAAAAGUGUGAAAUUCCAAUACAGAGCUACAAAGAAGAAUCUAAUGAUUCUACAAUAGAGAGUCCUGACGUAAUUCCUGCAGACAGUCAAGUAUAUACGCCAGACGCCAAAAGCAUUCACUUGGAGCGUACACGUCGUAUGAAUGAAGAAAUGUACAAAAUAUUCAAACAGAAGCAAGACAAUUAUGAGUCGUUAUUGCCCCUGACCGAUCAGAGCCAUUCUGAAAUUGUAGAUGAUCUACAGUACAUAGAUCGCGGUUUUCACAAGCGGCCGGUUCCUCUGCGUAUGGAACCUCCAACAGAGUACGCCGAUGUAUACAUACACGGGGGAAGGACCCAAGUUUUGCCCCUACCGGUCAGUGACGCCCUCGAUAAAAGAGCCCCUGAAUUGCCUUUGAUAAACAAUGUGCAACAAAACACAAGGGUCCACAGUUUUGUCUGAAACAUCAGCUUGAGGAAGGAAACGCAACUUCUAGAAAGAAAGAAGACUGUUUCAAAAUAUUGAAAUGGAGUAUAUUUAAUAUUCGUAUGAAAGGAAGUCCAAUAUUUUAAUUUAUUAAAUGUCCUUUUUGCAUGUGUUUUGGUUGUUAUAUUUUUAAAAUAUUAAAAUAAUAAUUUCUUUAAUACUUAGCGCAAAUUUUGGAAAAUUGAACUGUUAUCGUAUUCAAAGAGAAAUUACUGAUUUUUUUAUUGAAUUGUCGUAUUACAUGUUUCAUACUUGUAACAUAACAAUGGAAAUGUAAAAAAAAAAAAACGUAUUCUAUUCAAAAAUGUUACAAAGUUUUCAUCUGUUGCUUUUAUUUUUUUUUCUAAUUGCAAAAAAACGUAGAUUACAAUCCUUUUAUUAUAUUGCUCAACUAAAUUAAUUUCAUACGAAUCUUUCAAAACUUGAAUGAGUAAAAUCCUAUAUUUUUUCUAGUUACUACCAAGAAACUUAAUCAGUACAAAAAACAUUCUACAAUAAGAUUUCCACAAAAAAUUAUAACAUUGUAUAAAAGAAACUUUCUAAGAACCAUUUCCUAGUACAAAUAAGUUCAAUUACAAAAAGUUCUUUUUAGGAAAUAUACUAAAAUCAGUUUCUUUUAGAAAUAGACUCGGUUGGAUAUUUUGUAAACAACAGAAACGCCAAAAGAGUUAUCUUUCAGGAAACAAACUCAGUUUGAUAUUUUAUUAUGAAAAAGAAAAUGAAAAUUUUCAAAAAUGAACUUUGCAACGUUAACAAUAGCCGAGGAAAACUAUUGCACUUUUUUAUUUUCAAAUACAUUUUUGCUUAAAACCUAACUGUACCAACUAAAUAAUCAUUUUUCUUUCAAAUACCCUUGCAUGUUCAAUAACGUUUCCCGUUAAACACGUUUACUUGAUUCAGAAUUUUAUAGUUCAAUUAUUUCAUGUGUUCAUUUUUAAGUUUCCAUUGUGUGUACUCCCUUCACGUGUGUUAACUAUUUAUUUAAACAUAAAUAUUUAAUGAAAUAUGUUUUAGUUACUAAUAUGUUGUACAAUAAUUUAAUUUUUAAUGAAGUUUUCCGCAUUUAAUAUUUGACGGGAACUAAAACGCUUUAUAAUCUAUUUUUGAAUGAAUAAAACGUUUUCUGUAACUUUUAUUUGUUUUUGUUUUCAGGAAAAAAAUUUUUGUUUUAAACUUCAAGCUUGCAUGCUAGCUUGAAAUCAAAUGUCUUGAAAAAUUCGUGAAAUCAAAUGUCUGUCAUUGAUUCAGUUAUUAAUCAUCAUAUGAAAAUAUUUGGGAAAAUACUUAAAUUUUAUUCUGAAUAAUUCAUGAAAUCUAAAUUGGUAUCACGCUAACUUUCGAAAUUAGUGUAUGUAUUUGGAUUACUUAAUUAUUUUUUUAUAUUACGUAACGGAGUUUAGUGUUUCAACGAGUAAAUAACCUCAUAAAAUACAAGUUAACAAUCACGCUAACUAAUAUAUACAUGAAUAUUUAAUUUUAUUAUUCCCUAACAGACACCAAUUUAAUAAACAAUUGAGUUCAAUUUUAUUCUGGAAAGUUCUCUAUAAAAAUCUAUUCUUUCCGCUUAUUUUAAAUAUUUUAUAGCUAUUGCUAAACUAUUUAAUUUCUAUUGUUAGAAUGUUAAUUACAAAUUUUAAUUUGUAAUUCUGCAAUGGCGUUUCCCAUGUUAUCAACAAAAAUCGAUUUGUUUCAGUGUUUCAUGAAAAGAAUUGAUAUUUUAACUCUCAUUAAGUGAAUGAAUAUUAUUUUAUUGAAAACGAGUUUCUGCUGAUGGCCUAGUGCUUCGAGUUCAGUGAACAUGAAGCUGAUGUGUAAAUGAUUAUGACUGUCUGAUAAUGAUCAUGACAGUUAAAAGAGGAAUACAGGGUGAUACGCCAAUAUGUACAUUUCAUAUACUGUUUGAAAAAUAUGAUUAUCUAAAGAUUAAUAAAAAUGUUUUUAUGAAA